AUGAACAAAGAUAUGAUCACUGAUGCUACCACCACCACCUCAUCGGAUUUGCAACUCUGCCCUGCUUCUCCGGAUGCUCAAGAGAUUUUCCGGCCAACCCUUGAUGUCUCCGAUGUCUCUGCCGGAAACAUCCAGCCCAUCACCAUAAUCCGGCCUCACCAGCAGAACCCCAGGAAGAAGCGGACGAAGAUGAUCAGAUUUCACAACAGCAAGGCGGCGAUUCUUGAUGUUCGGGUUGAUUCCAGUAACCAUUCCAGCGUAAUCACAAAGAAGAAACCUGAUCCAAGUGCUCCUAAGAUCACUCGGCCCUGUACCGAAUGUGGAAAGAGGUUCUGGUCCUGGAAAGCCCUCUUUGGUCACAUGCGUUGUCAUCCGGAAAGACCGUGGCGCGGGAUCAAUCCGCCGCCAAAUCUCCACCACCAGCCGCUGGAUCACGAGGAUUUCACCCAUGUGACAACCGAGGAGGAUCAGUAUGUUGCAGCAUGCUUACUGAUGCUAGCCAAGGGACCAACUCUUCCAGACACCACCACCACCACCACCACCACCACUGCCACCCAUACAUCCACAAGUUACCACCACCAUCAUCAGCCAGGUUUACAAGACACAUUAGGGGAUCCCGAAAUCCGGUUCGAAUGCUCAAGUUGCAAGAAAGUGUUCGGGUCACACCAAGCAUUAGGCGGGCACAGGGCGAGUCAUAAGAAUGUGAAAGGCUGCUUUGCGAUAACCAGAAAUGAUGGUGGAAUCGAAGAGCUCGAAGAUGGCGAGUUUGUGAGUCAUUGUGACAGAACUGGUGGUGGAGGAGAUAACAUGAUGGUGGUUUUGGGCAGCAGCAAUCAGCAGCACAGAUGCAGCAUUUGCUUAAGGAUAUUUUCAAGUGGUCAAGCACUGGGUGGACACAAAAGGUGCCAUUGGGAGAAGGAAGAUGGUCUUAUACCAACCACAUCAACAUCAAUGCUUCCACAAGGGCACCUAAAAUUUAGGUUUGAUCUCAACUUACCUGCAACUCUACAAGAAGAUGAUCCUACUUGUUCAACUUCAGAUUUGGAUUUAAGAUUAAGCCUAUGA